AUGCAGGGAAACGUUGCGCGCGCGGCGGGCGCGGACGUGACGCCUGCGAUGAUAGACAGGGCGUACGCGAGUAUGCUUCAGAUGGAGGCCGCUGCUGGCGCGAAUGCUAAAGUCCUGCUGCUCGCAAGAACCCAAACCGAGCGGCUGCAGAAGGUCAACGAGAGGCUCCGCAAGCAGCUGCGCGAGAGGGACGCGGCCGAGAAGCGCAUCAUGGACGACGCCGCGAGGCAGCAGGCCGACCUGAAGGCGCAGCUCGCCCGCAAGGACGACGAGAUCCGCAGCCUGAAGCGCAGGCGCGACGACGCCGACGCAGCGCACAAGGCGGAGAUCGAGGCGGAGCGGCGCGAGCGGGACGCGCACGUGCGGCGCCGGGUCGACGAGGAAGUGCGGCGGCGUGUCCAGGAGGGACUGCGGCGCGGGUUCGAGUCUGACUACCCCGGGAUCUCAGACGGGCUGCGCAUGCUGACGCCCGCAGUGUCGCAGCCGCAGCAGAGCCCGCGGAACGGCGCCGCGCAGUCCCUCGGGGCGACGCACGACGCGGCGCAGCAGCUCGCGGCCUUCCGGGCGGAGCGCGUCGCCAACAACGAGCACGCGGCAGGUGCCGCCGGGCCGCGCCCGGGCCGCGCCUCGCCGGGGCCCCCGGGGGAGUCCGGCGGCGCCCGCGACGCGCCUGUCCAGCUGGACUCGGCCGAGAAGAAGGACUGGUUGCGCGUGCUCGACUACGGUCUGCUGGCGCGUCUGUUGUCCCUGGCGGUCAAGAACGCGUUCACAUGGAAGGGGAAGUCGGCGCUCGUGAACCGCACCCAGUACUCGGAGGUGCCCGACGCAGCCUGGACGUCGGCGGUCCACUUCGCCGAGGAGUACCCGCACGGGCGCACGCGCCUCCCUUGCCUGGUCAAGUGCCUGCGCUGCCAGUGGCGGAACGCCGAGCUGUGCUUCCACCCGCCGACGGAGGACGAGCCCUGGCGGCUGCCCGGGCUCCUCGGCGACGACGCGGUCGUCACCGACCCCCACGACCGGGCCCUCGUCCCGCGGGACAGCGACGGGAGGAAACACGACGUCAGGAAGCUGCUGCUCGACGCGAUCAAGGAGGGCAAGCUCGGGCAGGCGGACCUCAACGAGGCCACGGCCGUCAUCCUCCGUGGCAGCGAGGCGCCGCAGGAGGCCCUCGACAGGUGGAUCGGGGGGAGCUUGUACCUGAAGAUGCUGGAGGCGUUCACGGACCCCAGUGCGAUCGCGGGGGAGGGCAGCCCGCGCUCCAGCGACGGCGACUGCGCGUGCUGA